UUGCUUUCCUAUUUCCGAAAGGAUUAGCUACUACGCAGUUUCCCUUUCUCCAAAUUUCUUCACAUAUCAUUAAAGACAAAGUUAAUGUUAGAUUUUCACCAAAAUCCUGGGAGCUUUUGGGUCCGUUCCCGACUGGAACACGUGAACAAGAUUUUGGUGCAGAUCCUUUGGAAGCUUAUGGUGGCUUUAGAAAUUUGAAUUUUUCUGAUACUAAAUCAUUCCUUUCUGAGUUGGCAGAUAAUGGGACGGUAAAAUGGUCAACUAUUGUGGAAAAUAUUGACGGUUCGGUUGAUCCAUUUGGCUGGGCAAUAAAUCAGUUCCAAAUGUGGGCAAGAGGUUAUUUUGAGCUUUUAGAUUCUGAUCUUAAAGAUGAAUCGGAUUCUAUUCCAGUUUUAGUUCAGUGUCAAAACAUUGGUGAUUUUUAUGUGGAUGAUCGAAGGCUCUUUGGUGAUGUGUAUGGAUACAAGAAUUCAUGGCAUGUUCUAUAUCUUCAUCCUGGUAUGCACGUUAUUAACGUUCGUCUGGUGAAUGAAAUUCGGAUCUUUGGUGGGAGAAUUCCUCCAGAUAUUCGGUUCCAAUGUUUUAUCAGAAAAUUGGAAUUGCAACAAAUUGGUGCGAUGGUGUUGGAUCACACUAUAAUUGUUCCUGAUUUGGUGGACGGUUUUUUGGCUGGAAAAUUUGCCAGCGUUGCAAUCUUGAAUACUCAAGAAAAAUCUUGGAUCACUGUCUCCAAUGUUAAUGUGAUAAAUAGCAAUGUUAACAUGACCGCAUCAUUGGCCUGCGGCCAAACUUUUAAUUCAAAAACCGGCAUUCGUAUUGCUCCAUCUCAACAGCGAAACAUCAAAAUAUAUCUAAGCAUUGAGUCACAAGUACACAAUGGGAUGCCAUUAUCAUUUCAAUUACAAUUUCUGAUCUCUUCUCGAACAGAAGGCAAAAUUAUUUUUUGGACUAAAGUCACAGAUAUUAUUUCAAUACAUAACAAGCAUUUUGGUGAUGCAUACAAAUUCACAUUCGAGGAUUUUGACACCACUGUGCAAUAUGCAAUGGCAAUCCCUCCUUCGAAACUAUGCCAACCUUAUAGGUGUCCUAUUUUAGUUGCUUUGCAUGGUGCAGGAGUUGAAGCUAAUUCAGAAUUUUGGAUAACUGCCUACAAAAGACAACAAAAUGCAUGGGUUCUUUUGCCUACUGGAAGAACACCAUGGGGAUAUGAUUGGCAUGGUCCUAGCUUAAAGAAUACUCAAACAGCAAUAAUAGCAUUGGAAAAAUUCUUGCCAGGUGUACAAAAACGUUUAAAACCAUUUUUAUUGCCAGAUUCUGACAGACUAUUCAUCUCUGGUCAUUCCAAUGGUGGUCAAGGCGCAUGGUUCUUUAUGUCUCACUUUCCAGAUUCUGUGAUUGCAGGCACUCCGGCUGCAGCAUAUACUAAAAUUCAGAGAUAUGUACCAUAUUAUUGGAAUAGUGAAUCUCAUUUAGACCCUAUCCUUAAAGGAAUCCUUGAAUCAUCAAUUGCUGAAUAUAAUAACGAUUUGUAUACUGCAAAUUUGGCAAGUAUUGUUGGCAUUCCAAUAUUAGCAAGAGCUGGCUCAGAUGAUGAUAACGUUCCACCUCUACAUUCUCGUAUGCUUGUCCGUCUUGUUAACGAACAUUCUGGCAAUCCACAAGCCAUCAAACUUUCUGAAAUACCUGGCAAAGGACAUUGGUUUGAUAAAGUUAUGAGUGAUGAUUUGAUGCAAGAAUUCUUGGAUGAACAUUUGAAGUUUAAUCAUUUAAAUCAAAGUGAUUCAUGUCCAAAAGAAUUUACUAUAAUCUUAUUGAACCCUGCAAGUUUUGGUAGUAAAUGUGGAAUUCAGGUUGAACAAUUGGGAAUUCCAUUCAGAUUAGGUAAACUUCAUGUACGAAUUGAAAAGUAUCCCCAUGGUCGAACAGCAUGGCAUAUCAAAACCUCCAAUAUUCGCAAAUUUAAAUUUGUAAAUAGCAUAAAAUUUCAGGCUGAACAUUUAAAUGUGGAACAAAUUAUAAUUGAUGGAAAACAAUUUGACUCUAGUCAUUUUUUAUUGAAUGGGCACUUUCUACAAAAUAAAAAUAAAUGGAAGGAAAAACAUCCAGCAACUUAUGGCCCCGCAAUAACAAUCCUUGAAUCUAUACAACCACUAAAAAUAGUUAUCGGAACAAUUAAAAAGGAUAACUUUAAUAAAUUUUUUGAGAUUGCUCAAGAAAUUGCACACAGUUGGUACCUUUAUGGUAGGGGAGACGCCGAAAUUUUGUUGGAUUCAGAGUUUUUAAGAAAAAAUCAAUUGAUGGAUAAAGGAAAUUUGAUUUUAUUGGGUGGUUCAUAUGAAAAUUAUGUAACAACCUUUUUAUUAAAAACCCGAUUUAGUGAAGUGAAAUUUAACAAGGAUGGUUCGUUUAGUCUGAAACAUAAAACAUUUUUCGAUUCUGGAUGUG